AUGGAGAAUCAAAAUUUAAAUAAAAUUCUCUCGGGAGAAAAACUUUCAAUAGAUGAGGAAAUGGUUCCGGGAACCAUCCACCUUGUUGAUCUUGAAGGUACUCUCAAUGUAAAGAAGGAACUGGGUUCUCAAAGCAAUAUCAUCUUACAACCACAACCUUCACUGAACCCAAACGACCCUUUGAGAUGGCCCAAACGGAAAAAGCUUGCCCAAUUUUCUCUCUUGUGGUUCUGGGCUUUCAUGCAAGCAGUUGCAGUCAAUUGGUCAGGACCAAUUUGGACCCUUUGGACAGAAACUUUUGAUUGUACUUAUAUGCAACUUAACAUUUCAUCUGCCAUUUGUUUUAUCUUUUUAGGAAUUGGAUGUGUGUUUUUGCAACCAACUGCAAUGAAAAUGGGUAGAAGAUUUGUUUACUUGGGAUGUACAAUCAUUGCCAUUGUUUCCAAUAUAAUUGGAUCUCAGGGGAAUUCUGUACAAGUAUUGUAUGUGGUGAAUUUACUUUCUGGAUUUGCCGCAGCACCAGUCGAUUCUUUAGUUGAAAUAUCCACCACCGAUGUCUUUUAUCAACACGAAAGAGCCCUGUAUUUGGCAUGGUUCAUCUUGGCCCUUUAUGCUGGUUCAGACUUGGGCCCAGUGGCAUGUGGAUACAUUGUAGAAACCUUGAGUUGGAGAUGGUGUUAUUACAUUCAAAUAAUCAUCUUUGGAGUUCUCUUGAUUGUUCAAUUGUUUUAUAUGGAAGAUACAACUUUUGAAAGAAUUGAUAGAGAUGAUUUAGAAGAUAAAAUCAUCCAACAAAUGAAGUCUAGAGAAACAAUUCUUCUGGCAGUUCAAAGUGGUCAACUUUCUCAGGAGAGAGUUAACUCGGAUGAAAAGUUAAAUGCCAUUGUUUCGGUCAAUAACUCAAUUAAUACCGAUGAUGAUGAUGAGUCAGUUGAUUCUUCAAUCCCCAUGAGAACUUAUUGGCAAAAGAUGAGAUUAGUUGAAACUGAAUACAAUGAUUCACGUUCAUGGCUUACAAUUUUCUAUAGACCAUUUUUCCUUAUUUCCUUCCCAGCAGUAAUAUGGGGUGGGGUUGUAUAUGGAUCUCAAAUGAUGUGGCUUUCUCUCUUGGCCACCACUCAAUCUGAAAUCUAUAGUCUUCCGCCCUAUAAUUUCACCACUCCUCAAGUCGGUUUGACAAACUUUGGCGCUCUUAUUGGGUCUCUCUUUGGGAUGGCAUAUGGUGGACCAUUUGUUGAUUGGAUUACCAUCAAGUUAUCUAAACGUAAUAAUGGGAUUUUGGAGCCGGAAUUCCGUUUAUGGACCAUGAUCGUUCCUACCAUAUUCAAUGCUGCUGGAUUAUUAGCAUAUGGCUUAGGGGCUGCAUAUGAAGCACAUUGGUUUGUAUCUGCUGGUAUUGGACAAUGGCUCCUUGGAUUUGCCAUGUCUUCGUCAGGUGCCAUUUGCUUGACAUAUAGUGUUGAUUCGUAUCCAAAACUAGCCAGUGAAGGUUUGGUCCUCAUGUUAUUCAUUAGAAAUUGUAUUGGUUGUGGGUUCACAUUUGCCAUUCAACCUUGGUUAACCAGAAAUGGAUUGAAGGUUACUACUUGGUUGAUGUUUAUGCUUAGUAUAAUUAUUAAUGGGUCAUUUGUUGUGUUGAUCAAAUGGGGUAAGGACUUUAGAAGAGCUACAAAGAACAAUUAUUAUAAAUAUUCUGAUCCGAUGUUUGGGGAAUUGUUUAAGAAAUGA